GGGCAACGGCGGACAAGUAACACUCACAGGCAGGCAAUUCUCCCUUGCUCAUCCUUCUUACCCAUACCAUCGUCCUCAUCCUCAACCCCUCCCCUUGCACUACGUCUAUCGCAGUUGAUCUGCAAGUAGACUAACAGGGCAACCCAAGCGCAUCCCCUCGCCCAACCCCUGCCAAGAGAUGUCGCAAUACAAGUACGACGAGGAAGGUGGACAAUUCCUCACCUUUGUCCUCACCUUCCUCCUCCUCGUACUCGUACCCCUCACCUGGUCCUUGCUCAGCGGACUGACGCAGAGAACUCGCAGUCAGGGAUGGUUCGACGCUCGGGGGCAGAAGGUGUCAGCCAUCAAGCGCAUCAAUCGGCGGUCCAUCACCAACCCUCGGAUAGGAAAGAAACUCCUCUUCGUCGUCGUGGGCUGGGCCUGCGCUGCAUUCGUAGCAAAGAGGGUAUCCAACGCCGCUGCAAACUCCCAACAUUCCGUCUAUGACCCAUUCACCAUCCUCGGCAUCGCAGCCAAUGCAGCGCCCAAGGAAAUCAAAAAGCACUACAAGAAGCUCAGCAUCAAAUUUCACCCCGACAAGAUCCGUCUUAGCGGCAAUCAGACCAAAGAGUCGGUCGAGGCCCAUUACAUUGAGCUCACAAAGGCGUACAAGGCGCUCACAGAUGAUACCAUUCGCAAGAACUUUGAGCUCUACGGCCAUCCCGAUGGUCGUCAGGAGAUGAGCAUGGGAAUCGCUCUUCCCACUUGGGUCGUUGCCGGACAGAACAACAUUUGGGUCUUGGGCGCUUACGGACUCGUCUUUGGCAUUCUGCUCCCUUACAUGGUUGCCCGAUGGUGGUAUGGCUCGAGAGCUCGCACUAAGGACGGGCUCAUUCUUUCCACCGCUCAAACCUUCUUCCAACAUCUCAAGGAAGACACUCCAGCCCCAAGGCUCAUUGCUUUGCUCUCCAUCUCAGAAGACUUCGAAGACAAGAAGCUGGAUAAGAGAGGCAAAGAUGCUAAUGAAGCGGCACUACAGGAGAUGGAGAACGAGGUCCGAUCCAGACUCAAAGCUCACGGUCCACAGUGGGAGCUGACACCGUCUUUCCGUUCCCAAUCGAUUCGCAAAGCGCUCGUGCUGCUCUAUGCCCACCUCUUCCGGAUUGAGAGCAAGUCUGCCCAACUGACAAAGGAGCGCUACCUUGCUGCCGCAAAAGCCGAGCGAUUGCUCAAUGGAAUGCUCUCAAUUGCUCUGGCGCACAACUGGCUUGACCUCACCAAUCUUAUCAUGGACACCAUCCAGUGCUUCGUUCAGGCAGUGCCCAUCAGCGAGGAUCGUAACGUCGCAGAGCUGCUGCAGCUCGGCGGUCUCAAGCUGAACACUGCCAAGAGCAUCGUGGCCAAGAGCGACUUGGGCAGGGAAGGUAUUCAGGGCCUGUUCAAGGUACCAGACUCGGAGAGGAAGGAGCUGGUUGGUGCCAAGGAGAUCGGAGAUCAGCAGUACGAUCAUAUCGUGAAAGUCGCGGGCGAGUGGCCUCGUAUCGAGUUCGUCGAUGCCUUCUUUAAGGUCUCUGGCGAGAGGCUUGUCACUGGAGGAGCCAUUGUCCAAUUCGUCGUCAAGGUGCGAACUCUCCCACCCAAGCGCGAUGAGACACUUCUGUCCAACGGCGUUCGCCCCGGUUCUGUAAACGUCGAUCUUGACGAUGACGUUCGCUCAGGCGUGGAAGACGAUGAAGAGGUGACGAACGCUCUGGGAGGCAAGGUGUCAGCGGAGGCCCUUUCCACCGAAGGCAAGCAAGUCGUGGGCGUCAGUCGCGCACCCCACUUCCCUCUGGAGCGCAAGCCGCACUGGUGGAUCUACCUCGGCGACGCCAAGCAAGACCGCAUCAUCGUCCAGCCCUCUAAGCUGACCGACGUAGGACCAGACAAGACUCGCUCCUUUACCAUCCAAUUCCAAGCUCCUCCCAAUGCGGGCAUGUACACUUUCAUCGCGCAGAUCAAGUCCGAUUCUUACCUAGGUUCAGACGCUCAACGCUUUGUCAAGUUGCGCGUAGAGGAUUCGGAAGUGUUGGAUGGAGCGGACGGAGAGUGGGAGGAUGAAGAAGACGAUAUUAGCGAGCCUGACGAGGAUACGCUUGCUGGUCAGAUGGCCAUGAUGCGGGGUGGCAAGGUGAAGCCUUCGCCUGUACACCGGAAACGGGGCGAGAGUGAUGAUGAUGAUGAUGAGGAUGAGGAUGCAGAGAGUGGGACGGAUGAGGAGGCGGAUGAGGAUGAGGUGACGGAUUCGGAUACCGAUGAGGAGUAGGUGUCGAUGCACAGAUGAGCGACACUGCAGCAAAUUUGUGCACUGCAUCUUUUCACCAAAAUGAUCACGACAGUAUUCUCC